AGAAGAAAAACCGAGUCUUUCAGCCUCUGAAAUCUUCGCUUCUCUCUCUCUCUCUGUGCUUCCCUUAUCUCUCUUUCUCCCUCUGCGACUCGGCUCUGCCUACGCAGACUCUCAUUCUAUCCAUCCGCAGACGUGGCCGCGCAUUGCGCUGGAGCAUCCGACGAGAGGAGCGGACACGGGCACGCGCACGCCCCAGUUUCCCUGAAUUCCGAGCUCGAUGCUAAAUGGAGUCCGCAAGGAACUUGCUCUCGUCUUCCUCCUCUGCUCCCCGGUUCCCUCGCAGAGUCCUGUCCAGAAACUCUCUCCCCGCUCCCCCUUCAGUUUUCUUGUUUCGUGAUCAAGGGGCCGUUCCGUCUGCGCCUUCUCCAUCAAGGGCUCGAGCUAUCACUACGUCCGUGUCCUUACAGGAGCAGCAAAAUGAGUACAGGCCUCUCUUACGUGUGAUCCAAGACGACAAGUCGUUACAGGUGUCGAGAAACAGGAAGCAGAUGGAGACUGGGUUGGUGACUUUGAGAGAUAAAAGUCUCGAUGAGUCUGAAAGAUUAAUCCAAGAUUUUGUGUAUCACCGUCGCCACUGGCCUGGUUUAUGGUACCCAUUGCCAUCAAUAAAAACUAGGGAUGACCAAUGCUCAAACAUGCAGUCAGUCACAAUCAAUCCAGAGAAGCUUACUGACAAUGAACUGUCUAAUGUGGUUUCCCUUGCUAAGAAAGCACUGGAAGCUUCAAGGGAGGCAGCCUCAUUGGCAGACCCUGCAUUGCUUGGGACUGAUCUUGAUUUUGCACUUUCUCCCAGUUCUUUGAUAUCUCUUGGUACAAGCACUGCAACUUCAGUCAGUAUUCGAAAGGAGGAAGUCAAAACAGUGAGAUCAACACGGCUAAUUGAAAGGCAAUCUAAAAUGAGGAGGGUGCCAAAGCCAAAAGAUGUGAUUACUGGGAACAAGAGUUCCAAAAGGCUGGAUGCUAAAAGAAAAGCAAAUGAAGGUUUUGAUCCUAAUGAUCCUAUUCGAAUGUUCUUGUGGGGACCUGAAACUAAACAACUCUUGACAUUUAAAGAAGAAUCGGAGUUGAUUCUUAAAAUACAGGAUCUACUUAAAUUAGAGCAAGUGAAAGCAAGGCUUCAGUCUCAGUCAGGCCGUGAGCCUACCCUGCUUGAAUGGGCUGAAGCCAUUGGCAUAACUUGUCGGGAUUUGCAGUCACAGCUUCAUUCUGGAUACAGUUGUCGGGAAAAAUUGAUUAAUGCUAACUUACGUCUGGUUGUUCACAUUGCCAAACAAUAUCAGGGUCGAGGUCUCAGCCUACCAGACUUGCUGCAGGAAGGAAGUAUGGGUCUUAUGAAGAGCGUUGGGAAGUUCAAACCCCAGGCGGGCUGCCGGUUUGCCACUUAUGCUUACUGGUGGAUUAGGCAGACAGUAAGGAAGGCCAUAUUUCAAAAUUCCAGGACAAUACGUUUGCCGGAAAAUGUGUAUGCCCUCCUCGGCAAGGUGAUGGAAGCAAAGAGAUCUUGCAUUCAAGAGGGACAUCGUCUUCCAAGCAAAGAACAAGUAGCUAAACGUGCUGGAAUUUCAGUCGACAAGUUGCAAAAUCUAGUAUCUACUACAAGAACACCCCUCUCACUGCAACAGCCUGUGUGGUCAGACCAGGAUACCACCUUUCAGGAGAUAACUGCAGACACAGGGGUUGAGAUCCCAGAUCUAAGUGUCUCUAAGCAAUUAAUGAGACGACACGUGCGCAGCCUCCUAAGCACGCUCAGCCCUAAGGAGAGGCAGAUCAUCAAGCUAAGAUAUGGCAUCGAUGGCGGUGAACAGAGGUCACUCUCGGACAUCGGAAACAUCUUUGGUCUGUCUAAGGAGAGGGUGAGACAGCUGGAGAGUCGAGCUGUGUACAAGCUGAAGCAGUGCCUUGGCAGCCAUGGCCUUCAUGCGUAUGGUCAUUUGGUUAUUUAAUUAUAUGGAUCCUGAGUGACAUAUUCAGCGGUUAACAGAUCUUGAUUCGGAAGAAUGAAUCUCGACGGGGGCAAAUAUCGCAAAAAUCAUUAUCAGCAGGCAAUGUAUCAAUUUUCUCAAAAUACAUUGGCUGAGCUAUGUUUAAGAUCUCAGCAAUGUGACAAAAUUGUAAGAUUGAAAAUUGUAAUUCAUUUGUACAUUCUUGUAAGAGCUACGAAUUAUUUGAUUUUGGCUGUCAAUAUCCUUAAAGGAAAGGUUGCCCAUUUAUUUUCUUGGA